GGGUUGCGUAGAUCCUUCAUGAAUGAAACCAUGUGAUUCAAACAUCAUUUGACGUCUGGCGCCUCUGACCACAGACUAAAAACAAGCGAGGAACGACAGGAUAUAUGUAGAGCCCCCGCGAAGAGGCGCGAGCGGAAAAAAAAUAAAUAAAACGCUUCUUCCAAAAGAGCUCGUCUUCUUUCCGCGCCGCGUCGACGAGCCGCCGGUGAAACCCAGCCAGAGGGAGCGGUGGGAGAAAGGGCGCGGGUUUGACUUCUGGUUUGUGCAGAAGAGCAAAGCUCUUGUGGCAUGACGACGCCUAACAAAGUCAAUAAAGCCUUGAAGGUGAAGCGAGAGCCAGGCGAAAAUGGCACCAGCCUCACGGACGAUGAGCUGGUGACCAUGUCGGUACGCGAGCUGAACCAGCACCUCCGAGGGCUCUCCAAAGAGGAGAUCCUCCAACUGAAGCAGAGGCGGCGCACCCUGAAGAACCGGGGCUACGCUGCCAGCUGCCGGGUGAAGCGGGUCACCCAGAAGGAGGAGCUGGAGAAGCAGAAGGCUCAGCUGCAGCAGGAGGUGGACAAACUGGCCAAUGAGAACGCAUCGAUGCGCAUCGAGCUGGACGCUCUCAGGUCUAAGUACGAGGCGUUGCAGACCUUUGCCAGGACUGUGGCACGGAGCCCGACGGUCGGGGUCGGGGUGAGGGCUGGAGGGGGAGGAGGGGGAGGGAUGGCCUCCUCGGUCAUUGGUCCCCUCAUACCGGGGAAGGUGGCGACUGCGACGAGCGUCAUUACAAUAGUCAAGUCGAAAACGGAUGCACGGUCUUGAGGUGGAGAGGGAGAGAUGAAGGUGGAACAGGAUGGAGUUUGGCUGCGUCGGAGCACGUUCCUCCCUCUCCUCCACCUGCACCAACUCCACACAGCUGGGCCGUGUCGCGUCAGCGGGUUUUCAUCACCAGGCUCAGAUCAGUGCAGAUGAAGUGAGGAAGGAAGCAAAGGAGGAUUAUUCAGUUUAAAGAAGCUUCUGGUCAGGGUGUGGUCCUUGGGUUCCUGCGGCCAAUGAAUCGACACAAAACUACUUUUGAAUUUGUGGCACGAGUAUUUGUCUCAUUCUUAUAAAUGUUCAAAACGCUAAAGGAAGAGAAAUGUCGAGUUUCCCAUGUUUGAUAUUUGCACAUAAGACUUCAAUUAGGCACAUUAACUAAACUUUAAAUUUUACAUUUGGUAUCAAAAUCAACACGAUUGUUUUACAGGUACUUGCAGAACAAAUGAUGUAAUCUACUGAUUACGCUGCAGCUCCAUCUUGUUCCGCCUACAAGAACUUUUUCAGAAAAGUACUAUAGAAAACUAUAUAUUAUACAAUGGUGGUAACUGUAUUUCUACUGUUUUGUACUGUGUUGUCAUUCACAUGAGGUCCAAGGUGUAUUCUCUGUGUGUGAAUUGUUAUAUAUCAGGAAUUCUGUGAAAUUCUGUGCUGCGUGUUUGUUCUGGUAUCGCUAUAUUUAGUUAGCUGUACUUUUUUUUUCUAAGGUCUCCUCACUUUUGAUGUGCGACUCUAUCUUUCUUGCUCAACUAUUCUUUCUCUGUCCUUCCGUUUUUCUUUCUAUUCCAACUGGCUUCCAACAUUACAUGUAGUACUUCCUGGAUUUAACGGAAAGAAGUGUGCAAAGCGAUUUAACUUAAAGCGAACAGUAGAAAGAAAAACAUGCACAAUUCAUGAAAAAUAGUCAUUUCGGUACGCAAGAAUUUCCAGGAAAAUCGGCCCAUGAACACUUGAUCUGGAAUUUGUUUUCUAUGUUUUACCAAACAAAAUUUGGAAGACCUUGGUCUUCUAGUGAUGUGCAUCAAGAUGGAAGUAGAGACAAACCGAGGAAGGAUGGUAGAGAUUAGAGCAGGUGUAAUCAGGUUGUAGCAGCAUACCUGGCUGUGUGUUGUCGUUUGAGCUGUGUAGCCAUCAGGACUGAAUAGUAAUGACACUCAUUUAUGUGACUGAAGUUAACUUAAAACAAAUUAUCUAAAAACCAGGAACUCUCGUCCAUCUUAACUGUUAUAAAGUCCGUCUGUUUCUUUAUUCAUCUUGUAAUAAAUUCCUAUUGAUUGCUAAAAAAUGUAGGUUACAGCUAACAGGGAUUUUUGAUCCAUCUAUCAGUUUCUUCCACUUAUUCAUGGUUGGGUUGCAGGGUAACAAGUCCCAGUGGGAAACCCAGCCACACUUUCCAGCUCCUACUGGGGGAUCUUAAGGUCUUCCCUGGCUGGAGACAGUUAUAAGAUUCCUCCAGUGUGUUUUGGGUCUCGUUCCAGUGGGAAGUGCCUGGAAAACAUUCAAAGGGAGGUGUGCAGGAGGCAUCCUAAUCAAAUGCUGAAAUCACCUCAGUUGACUCCUUUCAGUGCAGAGGAGCAGCAGAUCGACACCAAGUUCCUCCUGGAUAACAAAGCUUAUCUUGUCUCUAAAGGCUGAGCCUGGCCACCCUACGAAGGAAGCUCAUUUCAACCGCUUGUCUUCAGGAUUUCAUUCUCUCUGUCAGGGUCAUUUUAUGAUUAUAGGCGAAGGUUAAAAUGCAGUAAAACCAGUAAAUUAAGAGCUUUGCCUUUUUGCUUAACGCUUUCUUUCAUCAUGGCAGAUGAUCACCGAUCUUUAAAGUCCAACCUGUUGAUUCUGAUUUUGGUUGACAUUGAUUUUUUAUUUAUUUUUAUUUUUAGACUAACACUGUUGGGUGUUGUAAGGUCACAAAUCUCCUUAAACUGUCCAAUCUUAUUUUAUCAAAAAAUACUGAGUAAAACCUUUGAAACAAUAGAAACUUGUUGGACACUAGUGCUUACAGCAGAGCAAAAGGGGAUAGUGGCUGAUUUUCAGACCUUUGUAGAGGUAUGAGAAACUGAUCUUAUCUAUCGGCUGUUCUCCAAUCUCCCAAAAUGAUAGAAAUCAGUGCCAGUAAAGCUGGCUGCUUUAUCAGUGCACCUCUACUUAUAGUCCUCCACUUGAGACAAAGACUCACCCCAACAUGAAGGGAGUCCUCCUUUUUUUUUUUUGCCUGAGAACCAUGGCCUCAGAUUGUAAUGAAGGUGACAGUGCACGCUGAAGAUCAUUGUCUGAAGAUGCCAACAGAACCACAUCAUCUGCAAAAAGGAUGAGACCCCGGGGUUUGAUUGGGGGAUCUUUUGGCCUGAAAUCAGAUUGCGGUUAAAGCCAAACGAAUGGCAGAGUAAACCAGAGCUCCUGUCUCACGUUCAGAUCUGGUGUCUGACAGAGGAAUCUGCCAUCUUAAACACUUCCCAGUCACACAAAUGAGCUGUAAUUUCUCCUUGGCCCAGCAUAAAGCAGUCCCUUGCGGUGUUCUAUAUUCAAAGAGUCUAUGUAAAGUGGAGUCUGUAAUUUUAUAAAAACAAUUAUCUUUGCAUCAUUUGUAACGACAUGUAAAAAAGGUAUUACAAAGUCUGUUUGAUAUACAGUAUCUCUCUCUAUUUUGCAAUUGUACCAAAAGUGGCUUAACUACUGAAUAGCUUUGUGUUUUUCAUUAGUGACUCUCUAGGCAGUGUGCGUAAUGGAGUAGCACGUGGCGUGCUGUAUGUGACGAGGUGAUAUAACGUUAACUAUUUUAUGCAUAUGACUUUGAUAUGUGUUUGAUUUGGGGCCGAAGAGGGUGAUGACAUUAUGGGUAACUGCACUCUUUUCUCUUAUCAUAUAAUCUUUGUCCCCACGGCCCCGUCAUUUAGCUCCAUAACUUCAGACCCGUCAGAUGUUUUGCUAAACUGCCCUUACGAGGUAUGAAUUCAAAGAAGUCCACUUUGAUCACCGGUUUGACAUAUUUCUAAGCAGACUGUCUUUGGGUUUGCUCGGUUUGGUGAUUGUUGCAGAUAAAAUCACUGAGGUUAGAACAUGGGUCGGUUUCCCUCACUGACUUCUUGAUCUAAUGUAUUCAAGAAAACAAACAAAUUAAAAAAAACCCGUAAAACUCAAACUGUGUGAUAGGGCUUUGUGGCUGCAUCACACCCACUCUUUUGGUAAGUUAUUUUUGUUGUGUGCGACAAAGUUAUUUUGUUCUUGCUGCGCACAUUUUAUGUAUAUUUAAUGUUGUUCCUGUGUUUGUUUUUUGAGCUGUUUCUAGAAGUGUCAGGGAAAUGAAAUAACAUUUUGUAACUCUGUGUGGUGUUUUUUAUAAAAAGUGAAAACGUAUAUUCAGCUAUUUAAUGACCUGUCUGUCUGAGUGAAGUUUACCUUUUGAGUACAAUUUUCUCAAAUGUUUUUUUUAAUGAUGAUUUAAACCAAAUGUUUUGAAUGGAAACAAAUUGCAGCAACAAAACCAUUACAAACUCAUGGCUGUGGGAAGCGUUUUGAAUGUGUUGAAAUUUUAGGACCCUAAACACCAAACAUGAACAGAUCACGAUACUAAAAAUAGACAAUUAAAUGCACACUCACUGCAUGUUGCCUUAUUUGAAUAUGGAAAUUGUAAAAAAAAAGUGCUGUAAUAUAUAUAAAAUUUGCGGUCAUGACCUAAUGCUAAUCUUCCCUCUUUUUGUGGGUUUUAGGUCAAAUUUUGCGCACAGAUAAACAAAAGUAUCAGGGUUAUAAAACUCAUUUUCACUAUUUCAACAUGUUCUGCACUAAAGUUUUAAACUUUUUUGUAUGUACUUGUACGUGCAUCCAUCGCAGGGUUAUGCAGCACCCUCUGCCUCCCUACUUCCCAUGGCCUUGAAACUCAUUUUAACCUGAACUCCGCCAUCAUAAACACUGAUUAAUUAUCUGUCCUGCCACUGUGCAGUUAUCAAGAUUAUUAACUUUGUCGUCAUUCAUACAAAACGUUAAUAUAAAACCGGGUUUAAACAUUGAACAGAGACUGAUGGUUUCCUCUGAGUUAAAAAAAAAAAACACUUGUUCUGGCGAGCGUGAUCCAAGAGGGAACUAAUGCCUCACAGUGAUUAGCUUUUAGCUCCAAGCAGACUUUAACAUCAUUUGUGUAUUUCCUGCUUUUUUAUCUGUGCUACUAAUGUCUUCUUAAAUAUUUAUUUUUCUGUUUUUCAUCAAAGUCUUGUGUGUUUGGUAAAAAAGAAAAAAAAAUGGUGUCAAACUGUACAAACUGUGCCUCGAUCAAACUGUUUAUUUGACUUUUGUGCUCCAGUUUUGAAAAGGUAAAUACUUUCUGUAAACCUAAGUGUUCGACAUGGCGGCUGCUGUUUAGAUGAACACGUUUAAUUACGCAGACCGCGUAAACUCCGGCCUCAGAAGCGAUGUGUUGUCAAGUCGUGUGUUUUUAAAUGCAGGUUCGACGUGAUGUGACGAGGUUAAAGAGCGUUUUAGAUGUGAUUAUAGCUGCAGUGUUUAAAUUUAGUCUUUCGUUCGGUGUCACUUAACAGCUUCACUGUGACACAUGAAAUCACUGAAUAUAUUGUUAUUCGUUUCCAACUGAGACGAAGACAAUGAAAAAUACAACUGUCACACAACGCCUCCGGGUAAGCUGAGAAUUUCUGUCUUCCAGACGUGUUUUUUUUCUCUUUUAUGGUGGUGUUAUCCAACGCGUGGGCUCUUUAGACAAAUGAGGUUAAAUAUUACUGGUUUUAAUCCUGGUCUUUCACUCAGCAGAUGUGAUCAGCUAACAGCACCGACCUUCAGUGAUAAUCAGGCAGGGCAGCGCUCUGGCUUUUCAUAGCAGCGUUUAUGAGCUGUAAGACACGCCGACCUUAUUUUCCGCAGCAUGUUCUGGGGUCGUGACCUCCUUACGAUAAGGCAUUUCAUCACAAACCAGAGCAACCGCUCGUACUCAGGAGCUAUAAAUAAUUUACAGGGGCUCAGAAGGAGGUGGCGGAGACAUCUGAUAAAAGUCUUAACCACCCCACUCACUCCACCUUCUUUCACGAAAGGCUGUGUGAGUUAAACUCAGCGGCCUACCAAGCUCUUCCUCAAAGCCUCCAUUUCUUCUAGAAGACACGAAUCAUUAACUUCUUAUCUUGCUGCAUGGCCAAUCAGUAUGUAGUCAUUCAGUUGUUUUUCCUGUCUAGUGAAUCACGCCAUUGGACUCUAAAAGCCCUUUCACCUACCACAGAUCUAGAUCGAUGAAAGUAAAUGAGGCAGGAUUCCUUUGAUCGCCUGUUUGGUGUUUUCAUCAAUAAUAAUGUGGAUUUUGCUUCCUAAGUUACCUCAUCUGCCGCUGUGUCUUCCUCCCUCUCUGCCACACAUCAGUCGUACAACAAGUAAUGGAAGUAUUUUCUCACAGAUUUCAGGUAUUUUUUUUUGUAACAGUAAUCUCUAAUUUAACCCAUGAUAAACUGUUUUAAUCAUCCAUCAGGCUGAUAUAGUUGUUUCUAAAAGCUAUUCAGCAGCUGUGAGUUUGAGUAAAUUCAGUGUAACCUGUUCAGAAAAGCCCUUGUAAUAGAAAAACUGUGUUUGUGAUAUUUCUGUAUGAGGUGUAUUAAAUUAUACAGUACAAAAAUACUGUUGACGGGGGGAAAAAAAACCUUCAAAUGUACCAGUCAUUGUAGGUAUUUAUCUUCAUCUAAAUUAUUGUCCUUUUGUUGCAGUUUGUAGAUAUUGAUGAUAAAGUAUUGGUAAUCCUGAAAUGAACUGUUUCAUCAUCUGUCCAAUGCAUUUUUUGUAAUUUAUUGAUGUAUAUAGUGUAGGUUUGUUGAUAAACAGCUUACUUUAUUUUGUAUAUGACCAAUAAACAUGUUUUAAAAAGCAGAA